UUCGUAACACUGCGGUGCUAUAUCGAAGUGGGAAUAUUAAUUGGAUUUGAGCGACUCAUAUUCACAUCUUUUUAUGGGAUUAAAUAUUGGCAACGUUGACUAUUCAAGUUCACAAUCAAAAUAGUGGAUCAUUUUUAAAGGAGGCCCAGCGACAGACUAUUGCAGUUCACUUCGGCUGCGUUCACCACGUAGAGAGGUUCGAUAAAGAAGCGUUGUAGUUAUACACAAGACAAGAAAAUGAGGGAAAUCGUACAUAUCCAGGCUGGCCAGUGCGGAAAUCAAAUUGGUGCUAAGUUCUGGGAGAUCAUCUCUGACGAGCACGGUAUUGAUCCUACUGGUGCCUACCAUGGGGACUCUGAUCUUCAGCUGGAGAGAAUAAAUGUCUAUUACAAUGAGGCCUCUGGUGGUAAAUAUGUGCCGCGUGCCAUUUUGGUGGAUCUCGAACCCGGCACAAUGGACUCUGUCCGAUCAGGGCCUUUUGGUCAAAUUUUCAGACCUGACAACUUCGUUUUUGGUCAGAGCGGUGCUGGCAACAACUGGGCUAAAGGUCAUUACACAGAAGGUGCUGAGCUCGUUGACUCAGUCCUGGAUGUAGUAAGGAAAGAAGCAGAAAGCUGUGAUUGUCUUCAGGGCUUCCAGCUGACCCACUCUCUAGGAGGUGGUACUGGUUCUGGCAUGGGUACACUGCUUAUUUCAAAGAUAAGAGAAGAAUACCCAGACAGGAUAAUGAACACGUACUCUGUUGUACCAUCUCCAAAAGUAUCUGACACAGUCGUCGAACCCUAUAAUGCCACCUUGUCUGUCCACCAGCUGGUUGAAAAUACUGACGAAACAUACUGCAUUGACAAUGAGGCCCUCUAUGACAUCUGCUUCAGGACAUUGAAACUUACAACUCCCACAUAUGGUGACCUGAACCAUCUAGUUUCCCUCACGAUGUCUGGCGUCACCACUUGCCUCAGGUUCCCAGGUCAGCUAAAUGCUGAUCUCCGUAAACUCGCCGUCAACAUGGUUCCAUUCCCACGACUCCACUUCUUCAUGCCAGGUUUUGCUCCUCUGACUUCUCGUGGUAGCCAACAGUACCGAGCCCUCACAGUACCAGAACUCACCCAACAGAUGUUUGAUGCCAAGAAUAUGAUGGCUGCCUGUGACCCAAGGCACGGCCGUUACCUCACAGUUGCCGCUGUCUUCCGAGGGCGCAUGUCCAUGAAGGAGGUGGAUGAACAGAUGCUGAACAUCCAGAACAAGAACAGCAGUUACUUUGUUGAAUGGAUACCCAACAAUGUUAAGACGGCUGUCUGCGACAUUCCACCCAGAGGACUUAAGAUGUCGGCCACAUUUAUUGGCAACUCCACUGCAAUUCAAGAGCUGUUCAAGCGCAUCUCAGAACAGUUUACAGCCAUGUUUAGGCGCAAGGCUUUCUUGCACUGGUACACAGGUGAGGGCAUGGACGAGAUGGAGUUCACAGAGGCCGAAUCAAACAUGAAUGACCUCGUGUCUGAAUACCAGCAGUACCAGGAGGCAACAGCUGAUGAGGAUGCAGAGUUUGACGAGGAGCAGGAAGCAGAAGUCGAUGAGAAUUGAGCAGUUAAAACACCAUUUUUGUAUUGUAUCUUGGAACUUUCAAUAUUUUAUAAUUUUGCUCUUUGUUACAAUAUAAUUUCUUGUUCUUUUCUAUCAUGCCCAUGACUACAUUUUCAGCACCGCAAAGAUAACCAGCAAAGCUGAGGUUUGCUCCGAGUGGAAAACUUGUAAUUUUCAUGUAUUUUCACUGACAUUCCCUGGUUGUUGGAAGAAAAAUUAAGACUGAAAAUGCAUGUAACAAUAUUAAUUUUGUAAAUUUUGUAAGUGUUGGACCUUUUUUGUGUUGGCUUUCUUUUGCCUUACUUUUGGGAUUUGAACCCUGAUCUAUUCAUAAGCUUUCGUUUUAAAUUGUGCCAUUUCAUGUUGAGAACUGAAUUAAAAGGGCUGCCAAAUCUGCA